AUAAAGUAUAAACUAAAAGGAAAGGCAAUAGAAUAGAAAGGAUAAGGGGCUUUGCAUAUAAAAAGAAAGCUUGGGGAGGAGGGAUGGGCACACUGUCCAAACUCACAGCGUAUCUCUUGCGAGACAAAACACCUUUCUCCAUGUGAUUUUCUGCCACCAUCACCGCCACCCAUGUCUACUCCUCGCCCUAGCCUCUUUCUGGUUCUUUUCUUGCUCGCUUCAACUUCCUCCGGCUUCCUCUUCCAGAUCUGCUCUGCAACCCACGAAGAUGAAGAGUUGGCCGUGGUUGUAGAUCCAAACCUGAGGUUUGAGAACCCAAGGCUUCGGCAGGCCUACAUUGCCCUCCAAGCUUGGAAAUCAGCCAUUUUCUCAGACCCAUUAAACUUCACUGCCAACUGGAAUGGCUCAGCCGUCUGCUCCUACAUGGGCGUCUACUGUGCUCCAUCUCGUGCCGAUGCCUCACUCAGAGUGGUCGCAGGCAUUGACCUCAACCACGCUGAUAUUGCCGGCUACCUUCCACCGGAGCUCGGUCUCCUCGCAGAUCUCGCUCUCUUCCACCUCAACUCCAACCGUUUCUGCGGCGUCGUGCCCAAUACUUUCCGCCGCAUGAAGCUCCUCUACGAGCUUGACCUGAGCAACAACCGCUUCGUGGGCAAGUUCCCUAAGGUGGUACUGUCCUUGCCAGCCCUCAAGUUCUUGGAUCUUCGAUUCAACGAGUUCGAAGGCCCCGUGCCUUCCAAGCUCUUCGACAAGGAUCUCGACGCCAUAUUCCUCAACGACAACAGGUUCAGGUUUGGCAUCCCAGAGAACCUUGGCAACUCUCCAGUCUCGGUGCUGGUCUUUGCCAACAACGAUCUUGGGGGUUGCUUACCGGGCAGUAUUGGAAAGAUGGGCAACACUCUCAACGAGAUCAUCCUCCUGAAUGACAAUCUCACUGGGUGUUUGCCUCCGGAGAUCGGGCUUCUGAGGAAUCUCACAGUGUUUGAUGUGAGCUUCAAUCAUCUUCAAGGAUCGCUGCCCUCAACUAUCGGUAAUAUGAAGAGCCUGGAGCAGCUGGAUGUUGCCCACAACAGCUUCACGGGUGUUAUUCCCGCAAGUGUGUGCCAGCUGCCUCGGUUGCAAAACUUCACCUACUCUUUCAACUAUUUCACUGGGGAGGCUCCAGAGUGUGCCGCUAUUUCUGCUGGUGGAAGGGUUGUGGCCAACGGACGCAAGAACUGCAUCCCUGCCAAGAUUGAUCAACGAUCUUCCAGGGAAUGUUCUUCUUCAGAAGCUACUCGCCCUGUAGACUGCAGCAACUUCAAAUGCGGCUCCCCUUCGCCUGCACCAAGGCCAAGAAGAGCACCACCAAGGUCUCCACCUCCACGUAGAGCUCACUCGCCAAGCCCAUUUGUCGCUCCUUCACCCCCACCCCCAACAUCAGAGUCUUCGCCUUCGACCAGAUCACGCUCUCCGCCACCACCACAUCUUUCACUAACACCUCCUCCCAAAGAGUCCUACACCUCACCGCCGCCGCCACCUAGUCAACGGGUAUCACCAAGGACGCAUCUCCCACCGCCACCACCACCGUCGCCCAGUCAAAGGGUAUCACCAAGGACGCAUCUCCCACCACCACCACCAUCAGUUGUGCAUUCACCACCACCGGCUACGCCUCCGUUGAGUGGUUACCAUUCCACACCACCUCCACCAAGCCAUCACCAUUCUGCACCGCCACCAAGUCAUUACCUUUACACACCACCACCUCCAUCGAAUCAUUACCACUUCACACCACCCCCACCUAGUGAAGGAGAUUCACCAAUUACACCACCAGUUCCCUAUGUGCCCCCAGUGCCUAAACAUUCACCUCCUCCAUCUCCCUAUCAACACAUACCACGACCUCCACCUCCUCAGCAGUCAGCUGAAGCCCCACCACCAAGUCAUCACUAUGGUUACCCUUCACCACCACCACCACCACCACCUCAGCAGUCGGCUGAAGCCCCACCACCAAGUCAUCACUAUAGUUACACUUCACCACCACCACCACCUCCUCAGCAGUCGGCUGAAGCCCCACCACCAAGUCAUCAUAAUUAUUCUCCACCAUCGCCACCGCCCCCUCCACCGACAAAUGAACAUUCAACAGCUCCAUUUCCACCUCCACUGGCUGAACCAUUGCAUCAUCCCCCACCUCCUUCGCCACCAUCUGGUUGCAUUACUCCGGGAUCACCACCCCCACCAAGCCAUCAUGAUCAUUCAGUGCCAUCACCAUCACCACCAACCCCAAGCCACCACCGCUCAAAACCAUACCCACCUCCUGAACAACAAAGGCGUCAUCCACCGUCAUCCCACCAUCCUCCGCCGACCAAGUUUUCAAACGCGCCUCCACCACCACCCUCAUUUAAUAACGCGCCCCUUCCGCCUGUUAUAGGAGUAUCAUAUGCAUCUCCUCCUCCUCCUGUAAUUCCCUACUAUUAAUCCAUUGUCGCAUCGCUUUCUAAUUUGAUUCGUUUCAGAGUAUUCUUUCUGCGGCAAAGGCAACAACCCAGAUAGCACAACAAGGAAUGGUUCCAUAUUGUGUGUACUAUUAUUUUUAUUUUCUGAAGCAGUUUUAUUCUCCAAGAGGUUGCUUCCGUCCGUACGUAGCAAUAGUAGUUUCGUUGUGUUUUUCGUCCAUUUUUCUCGUAUCUAUCAAUAUAUAUUUGAUAUGUAGAAGGGGAAUGGAUGGGAAGACUCGGGGCUAUGAGGUUAAUUCGUUAUACAAAUUGCUCGUGUAUAAUAUGGAUUGGUCCUAUCAUUUUCUUGAACUGUGAUCGAUCUCAUUUUCUUAGAUUAUUCCUCUUGUCUCAUUUGCCGAUAAAACUCAGCAACGUGGUGUUUGCUGCUGUUAAUUGGAAGGAAAUGGUAGGCGUGAGGCGUCCAUGUCCCAGAUUUUUCAUAAAAGCUCUCUCGUUAAGCCCCACCGAAGCAAUCCGGUUACUGGCUUUAUGGAUAUGGGACCAUGAAGUUAAUAACAUUUACUGCUGCUCCGAGCAAAUACGAA